AUGCAUCUAUUUGCCCUCGGAUCCAACGGAUCCGGCCAACUCGGCAUCGGCCACACAGAGGACGUCUCCUCGCCAACAGAGUGUCUCUUCGAGACCUCAGAACGCCAUCAGGGCCCUUCUGAUGAAAAUGACAAUAUUACUCGAAUUGUCGCAGGCGGCAACCAUACCCUGCUUCUCACGGCCAAGGGGGCUGUUUGGGCAGCUGGGUUGAAUGGGGAUGGACGGUGUGGAGAAAACAUCACUUGUAUCCAUGCGCAAGGUCAAGAUUUGCACCGCGAUGGAGAGAAGAAUAGCUCAUCAACGGCCAACGAAAAGAAGAUCCCAACUGCGGCUACGAAGCAAGCGCAAGCGCAAGAACGAGAUGGAGAUGAACAAGAAGACACACUCCUUCGCUUCAGAAGAGUGUGUAUCCACGACCCCGAGUCCGGAUUGACUGUCGAGCAUUUCAAGCACGUUGCUGCGACGUGGGAGGGGUCGUUGCUUGUGGCUUCGGUGCCGAAGAUAUCGAAGCAGAACCCUUCAUUUUCAGCAGAGCAGAUGAACCGCCGGGGAGAUGAUCAAUCGGUAUCUCCCGAAGACGAUGAGGAGGAAGACCGCAUCUACGUGCUGGGAACAGGUACGAAAGGUGAACUUGGUAUCGGGUCACAGAUACUGCAUUCCGGGCCAUCAGCGCCAUCAUACAUCCCCAACUUCCCACCCCGUCCCGAUCCAUCUGAACAAGAACCCACCCCAAAAAUCACCGCCCUAGCAACCGGAAUGACCCACACCAUCGCAAUCCUCUCAAACGGCCAAGUCUACGGCUGGGGCAGUUCACGAAAGGGCCAACUGGGACCUGGCAAUAAAGCCACCAAGAUCAUUUGGGAGCCUGCGCGCGUGGAUGGGAUUCCCUUCUUUGCGAGGAGUGCGGUUUGCGGGAGGGAGUUUACGGUUGUUCUGGGGGAUGACUGUCGACGGUUUGUACUCCUGGGUGAGAGAGGGAUGCGGUGGGGGGUUUUGGGGGAUUUUCUUUCUUCCUCUUCUGCAUUUUCAGUUGCAUCGUCAUCUCAACAUGGAGAUGGGAAUGAUGAGGGGGUGGUGGAGGUUAAUGCGGUGAAUGGAUAUACCGAUAUCCUCGCGAGUUGGAAUGGGGUUUAUGUACAUGUUCCACCUAACCCAGCGGGCAAGUCAUUGUCUGAAGAGGACAGUCCCGCUACUCCCAGCCCGCCACGGCCCGGUCAUCUCAUUGCAUGGGGACGAAAUGAUCGCGGUCAACAUCCACCGCCAACUCUCCCCCCACCGACCACGCUCGCUGUCGGUAGCGAGCACGUCCUUGCGCUCUUGGAGGAUGGGACUGUCGCGGCGUUCGGCUGGGGUGAGCAUGGGAACUGUGGCCCCGAGACAGAUGCUCGGGGCAAUGUGGCAGGGACGUAUAAUGUUAUAUCACUGCCGGAGGAUGCAAGGACUGCAGGUGGCAGGGUUGUUGGUGUUGGGGCUGGAUGUGCAACUAGUUGGUUGAUAGUAUCUUGA